UUAAUCAUCCGUGUCUGGCUUCCAAGGCCCAAAGCCACAAGCCACCCUCGGACAGGAGGGCUUCAAUCUCAAACCCUCUUCUCUUGCGUCUCCAUCACUCUCGUCUCUCAGCGGUUCGUUGACCUCCACUUCUCACCAGAAACCACCUGUCUCAAGUUGAAGAUCUGCCCUCCCCAAGCCCCGGUUUAUCAGAAUCAAAGAUCUGUUGAAAGAGCACAAACAACUGCGUCGAAGAAGAAUAAACAGUUUCAGUUUUUGUGGGAUUUUGGGUUUUGGAGUUGUUAAAUGCUCUGUUUUCAGAUCUGGGUCUGCUUUAGUGGCCUGUGCAUUGUUUGUUCUGGAUUGCUGUGGGGAAAUGUCGAUUUUGCCCAAGGGCGACCUUCCUGUCCAUAUUCGCGAGGUCUGGGACGAUAAUCUCGAAGAGGAGUUUGCUUUGCUUCGUGAAACUGUUGAUAGUUUUAACUAUGUGGCUAUGGACACUGAGUUUCCUGGGGUGGUUCUACGGCCGGUGGGAUCUUUCAAGAACAUCAAUGACUACAACUAUCAGACUUUGAAAGACAACGUUGAUAUGUUGAAGUUGAUCCAGUUGGGCCUCACAUUAUCGGAUGGGAAUGGGAAUCUGCCCACUUGUGGAACUGAUAAGUAUUGCAUUUGGCAAUUCAAUUUUCGAGAAUUUAAUGUGAGUGAAGAUAUAUUUGCUAGUGAUUCAAUUGAAAUGUUACGCCAAUGUGGGAUUGAUUUUAAGAAAAAUAGAGAGAAGGGGAUUGAUGUGAAGCGGUUUGGCGAGGUCUUGAUGUCUUCUGGGAUUGUAUUGAAUGAUGAUGUGCAUUGGGUUACGUUUCACAGUGGUUAUGAUUUUGGGUACUUGCUUAAGCUGUUGACCUGCCGGAGUUUGCCAGACUCACAGGCGGGAUUCUUUGAUUUGAUCAACGUUUAUUUCCCGAUGAUUUAUGACAUCAAGCAUAUGAUGAGGUUCUGCAACAGUCUUCAUGGUGGGCUGAACAAGCUUGCAGAGUUGUUGGAGGUGGAAAGAAUUGGUGUGUGCCAUCAAGCAGGCUCUGAUAGCUUGCUCACCGCUUGCACAUUUAGGAAGCUGAGAGAUAACUUCUUCAAUGGCUCGACUGAGAAGUAUGCUGGUGUUUUGUAUGGUCUUGGUGUUGACAAUGAAAAGAGUACUAAUUGAAAGGAAAUAACUGGAAAAGAAAAGGUUUGAUUAAUAUAUGUAGACUGCAUUAGUGUGAAACUUUCAGUUCCCUUUGUAUACUUUGGCGAAAGUGAUUGUUGUUUUAGCGAUGACCUCUGUGCACAUGAAUUGUGACUUCAACCUUGACUGGUUUUGUAGUUUGAGCCUCCUGUAAAUUAUUUGCAGUUAGUGCUUCAAUAAUAGUCUUGCGAUUGCUUGGACGUUU